AUGUCGGGAGUUGAAGUUGAUAACUUUUUGGAUCCCGAAGAAGAUCCGGAAGAAGAACUAGAGGAAGAUUCUGAAGAGGAUCCUGAAAAGUAUGAAAAUGAGGGAAUUGAUGAACAAAAGCUCGAAUUGAAAAAUCCAAUUGACGUGAUUGACGAAAGUAGGAAUGAGAUUGGGGUAGUGAACAACGAGCGAGCAUCCGAACAACACAAGCAUAGGGAAACUUCUAGAAAGCGCAGGAAGAGCCGUUGGGAAAAUCCUCAAUCGGAUGAUUCUAGCAAGAAAAGAAAAACGAGGUGGGAUGAACAAGGUCCCCAAAAUGGAUUGCUUAACCCAUUGGUUCUCUCGAUCGACCCAAAUACCAUAGCCUUGAGAAUGAAACUAAUGGAGAUCAACCAGAAGCUGCAGAGUUCUAAGUUUCAUGACGAGAGACCUGCAGGAGAAAGAUCCCCCUCUCCCCAGCCUGUUCACAACAGCCUCGGCAUAAGGAUAAACACGCGUGAGGCCAGGAUGAAGAUGAAGCUCAUGGACGAGAGGAAAAACAUUUUGUCUAAACUAGCGGAGAUUCUGACCAUUGGUUAUGAUCCCGAUAAGAAGUUUGUCAAGAAACUCUUUAUUCCACAGGAAGAGUACCCCGAUUAUAAUUUCAUGGGCCUAAUUCUCGGACCUAAAGGAACCACCCUGAAGAAAAUGGAGAAGGAAACCCGAGCAAGGAUUUUCAUAAGAGGUAGAGGCUCGGGUGACCCAAACUCAGAGGACGAAAAGCUGCAUGUCCUGGUCGAGGCUUCUGAGAAGAAGAGGCUCGAUUCUGCUGUUUCCAUGAUCGAAAAACUGCUUAUCCCCAUGGAAGACGAGGAAAAUCACCACAAACAAGCUCAGCUGUCUUUACUCGCGAAAAUGAGAGGGAACUAUAAAGAUAAUAAUAACACAUGCGAACUUUGCAAAGAACCGGGGCAUAAAAAAUACGCGUGCCCGCUUCAAGACUCGACCUUUAAGGCCACGUGUUGCGACUUGUGCGGGAGUUUUGCUCACACGACUUCAAAUUGUGAUGCCCCCGGAUUGCCCCAGUUCUGCAGGGACAAAUCGAACAAAGACGUGGACCUCACGAAUUUGUACGUCUCGUUUUUACCGGCUUUGGUGGACGAUAAACGGCUGAGGGAGAUUUUUUUGCCUUUUGGGAGUAUUGUGAGAGCGAGGGUCAUUAAACAUGAGGCCAAUGGUUUGAGCAAAGGAUUCGGUUUUGUCAAAUUCGAGGACGCCUCGGAUGCUGCUGAUGCCAUUAAAUACAUGAACGGGCACAAAAUGGACGGCCGGAUUCUGGCCGUGAGAGUGGCCGGGCUGAGAGCGGGCCCGCAUCCCGCAAUUCAGACAUCUUGCAAUUAUAAUAGUCCUGUGGAAUCUUAUAUGCUUCCUCAAGCUCCAUUAUGUGCUGCUCCUUUUCCGGGCUACUCUACUGAUGUGGCUAAAACCGAGGUUUUAAAUGUUCCUUCGUAUUUUGUGUCCUCAAGCACGACUGAGCCGAAGGGGACAGGCAAUGACUCGUCGGAUUAUGAUUUUUGCGACAGAAUUCCUAGUUUGGUUCCUAAUACGGUGACUCAAUUUCCGGGCGAUCCGGACUACUGCACUGGUUCGGAGUUUGGGCAGUACUUCUCGAGUCCAGUAUCAAACGAGGCUCAGUAUCAGACAGGUACUCAGAGGAAAUCUAACUUUUGGGGAGGUUCUGAUUUUUUUCUUUGA